AUGCUCUUCAAGAACCUCUUCGUUGCAGCUCUGUGCGCCAUCCAGGCCAGCGCAGCCGUUAUUACCCCCCAGGUCAAGGAGUCUUCCCAUGCUCUCGAGCCCAGCGCUAUCCUCGUGUCCCGUGCCGACAAGCUCAUCGAGGCUGGCGCUGAAACCGGCACCAUUAACGAUAGCAUCUACACCCAUGGCCUCGCUACCUGCCCCGGCAUCGUCGCCUCUGGCAAGCACAAGAAGAAAGAUGGCGUUACCAAAGUUUUGGCCCACGUCCGCUGCGGCAACUUCAAGAAUCAUCUCGACGACUGGGUCAAUAAGGUCCACGCCUCUGGCAUGACCGACAUCAAGGUUUUGAUCUACAUCCUUGACCACACCAAGGUCGAUAAGGGUCUGCAGGCCACGCAGAAGAUGAUCAAUGACUACGCCAAGUCAUCGGCCAUGAAGGUUAAAUCUGGAUACGCCGUGGCUACUCGCACCGACCCAGCUGCUCCGUCGCCCCAGGACAAGCUCCGCGUCGACAAGGCCGGCGCCAUCUACGUUGCCGACAAGAAGGCUCUUUAA